GCGUUGAUGGCGGCCGCGAUUAUGGCGGCGGCGGAGCAGGAGGCCGCGAAGGGCAGCGGCAGGAACCGCGGCGGCGUGCAGCGCGUGGAGGGCAAGCUGCGCGCCAGCGUCGAGAAGGGCGAUUACUACGAGGCGCACCAGAUGUACCGGACGCUCUUCUUCAGGUAUAUGUCACAAGGAAAACAUGCAGAAGCACGAGAACUCAUGUAUUCAGGGGCUUUGCUGUUCUUCAGUCAUAAUCAGCAAAACAGUGCUGCUGAUCUGUCCAUGCUGGUUUUGGAGUCUUUGGAGAAAUCGGAUGCAAAAGUAGCAGAAGACCUUUUAGAAAACUUGGCUAAAUUGUUUAGUCUAAUGGAUCCAAAUUCUCCAGAAAGAGUGGCUUUUGUAUCCAGAGCACUAAAAUGGUCUAGCGGGGGAUCAGGAAAGCUUGGACAUCCAAAACUACACCAGUUACUAGCUAUUACCCUGUGGAAAGAGCAAAACUAUAGUGAAUCUCGGUAUCACUUCUUGCACUCCACAGAUGGUGAAGGAUGUGCAAAUAUGCUAGUAGAAUACUCCUCAUCCAGGGGAUAUCGCAGUGAGGUGGACAUGUUUGUAGCACAGGCAGUACUACAAUUUCUCUGCUUAAAAAAUAAGACAAGUGCAUCAGUUGUUUUUACUACGUACACACAGAAACAUCCUUCAAUAGAAAAGGGUCCACCCUUUGUUCAACCACUGCUAAACUUCAUCUGGUUUCUGUUAUUAGCAGUUGAUGGAGGAAAACUAACAGUAUUUACAGUAUUGUGUGAACAGUAUCAGCCUUCACUGAAAAGAGAUCCCAUGUAUAAUGAGUACCUAGAUAGAAUAGGACAGCUUUUCUUUGGUGUUCCGCCCAAGCAGACAUCGUCCUACGGAGGAUUGCUAGGAAAUCUUCUGAACAGUCUGAUGGGAACUGGAGAAGAUGAUGACACAGAAGAAGGUCAGGAAGAUAGCAGUCCUAUCGAGCUCGACUGAAUGUUGUUGUCAUUGGGUGCCGUGUAAACUUGAUGAUUUGACCGACUCCAAAGACAGUUCUGGAAUUUGAAUCCUGCAGUUGUUUCUUGGUGUGCCUAAAAGGGCUCCUCUGGUCUUUUAGAAAUGGUUGCUGAAAUGUUUAUAAUGUUUGGUCUAUAUUAUUUAUGUAAAAAACGAAAGAAACCAACAAAAAGUAGCCAAAUGAACCAAUCAGAGCAAUUGUUAGCAGGUUUCUGAUACAGUGGCUCGUGACUUUGAUUAAAAUAGUCUUCUGCGUUUCUGAUGCAGUGUUCCCUUUUGCACAGUAAUUCAGUAAAGCGUAAGUAAUAUGGGUCUUGUGCUUCACGGUCUACCCAAUAUCAUCUUUGUUACGAGAAAGCCUCCUUGACCUCUGCCACCUCCAAGGACGAUCUCGAAAGGCAGGGUGAUCAAUUGAAUAACUUAUUUGUGAGGCUGGUGCCAAAAGUCCUGCGAGACGAGCCAAGCAGCAUAAUUUGAGAUGCACAUCCAAGAGACAUUGAUACCAAGAACUCAAUUCCACUGCCGUGAGUAAAAUGCACGCUAUUCAUACUGCCUUUCACGCCACUUUAGGUCUGGCUCGGGCUGAGCCCAUGCAUGUGUUCAGCCGAUACUUCCUGAAAAGCACAAGAUUGAAUUGCUCUUGGAAAACAGGUAAUUGGCUCCCCUGUGGAUCUCUCUUGCCUAGGUAUAAAAAUUUGGCUUAUGGCUCUACUCCUUUGGAACAGAUUCUUUUUCAGUGUAAGUUCACAACCAUACAUAAAGGUGACGGCAUUAUAAUGAAUGAAAUGAUUUGCCGUGAGCAGCGUAUGUGUUUGAACUGCAGCUGUAUGUAAAGAAAAGGGAUACUGCAGAACUUUUGGUUCUUUAUGAUAUAUUUAUUUUUCUUGGGUGAUUGAUUCAUUUAACACUUUCCGUAAAAAAGAAUAAAUCAUGGAGUAACUUCAACCCCAGUGGUAGGCAUAGCCAUUCUACAUCUCCUCUUUAAAACAGCACUGCGGAUGUCAGUGGUAACAGAUGAAAUGAUGGGGAAACGCUUUAUUUUUUCACGAUGAAAAUAAAAAGGCUUAGAUUAAUAAACAGCAAUCGUGCAUGGGGAGGGAGGGAUUAAUACAAAUCUAUUGACUGUAUGAAAAAAAGAAAAGGCAUUGAAAGGAAGACUUUGUGUUAAUUGUGAA